AUGGCUGCAUUGGCGGCUCAGCAGCAACAGCAAGUUGUGCAGCCGUUUGUUUAUCAGCAGCAGGGGCAGCAGCAGCAGCAGCAAGCCCAAGCACAGCAGCAACAGAUCGGGGGGCAACUGCAGCAGGAGCAGCAGUACGUGCAGCAGCAAAACGUGGGUCAGCAGCAGUAUGCACCGCAACAGCAGGGACAACAGCAGCAGCAGCAGGGGCAGUCUGCCCCGCCCAUGCAGCAGCAAGUCCAAUACCAAUCGGCUGUUCAGGCACAACAGCAUCAGCAACAGGCGCAGGUUCCGCAGCAGCCACUGUAUGCUCAGCAACAUGCUCAGGAGCAAUUGCAGCGGAAGCAGCAGGCACAAGCUUCCGCUCAACAACAAGCGUAUGAUUCUGCGUUGCAGCAGCAACAACAGCAGCAAACGCAAGCUGCGCCGCAGCACCAGGUGCAACAGCAAGCACAGCAGCAACAGAUUUAUGCGCAGCAGCAGCAGCCAUUUGACCAGCAGAUGCAAAUGCAGCAACAGGAACAUCAGCUUCGGGCAUCUAUGCAUGGUCAAGCACACCACCCCGCACAAGGAGGUUCACAGCCACCACAGUUUGUGCAAUCCCAAUACCAGGAGCAGCAGCAGCAGUAUGCGCAGGCACAGCAGGCACUUCAGGCAGCUCCGCAGCAAGUGCAGUACGCGCCGCCGGGGCAGGAACAGCAGACUCCCGCGCAAUCCCAGCAGCAAUACACACCGCAGCAGGCACAGCAACAGCAAUAUGCUCAGCCGCAGCAACAGUUACAGUAUACACUGCCGCAGCAGCAGCAGGUGCAAUAUGCACAGCCGCAGCAAUAUGCGCCGCCCCAGCCGCAGCAGUAUGUCGCACAGCCGCACCAGCAGCAAUACCAAGCACCUCCGUCCUCGCAGACACAGCAACAGUACGUUGCUCCAGCGCAGCAGCAACAGCAGUUGUACGCGCAACAAGGAGAACAAGCGGCGUAUCAGCCGCAGAAAGUUGUUGCGGCACAGCAGGAGAUUCCUGUUUCGCAACAGCCAGCGCAGUUGCAGCAACAACUACCCGCUGGCGGGCAGCCGCGUCAGGAGCUGCAGGGAACUAGUACAACUUCUUCCCAAAUGUCGCAACCGUUGCAGUUGCCGCAGCAGGGUGGAUUAGGACAGGCUUCUCAACAACCGCAGUAUCAGCAGGGGGUCUACAUGUCACCCGCGCACCAGGGACACCAGCAACAGAUGGUCUCGCCCGGGCCUGGUACAACGCAGCAGGGAAUUCAGCAGCAAGGAAUGGCGCAACAGCAGCAAGCGCAGCAACCAGGGGUGAUGUCUCCCGGGCCGCCGGUUCAGCAGCAGGCAAGUAGCGCGCAACAGAAGCUCGAGGUAUUAACGGCUCAGCAGCAGCAGCAGCAGCCGGCUGCUCCGCAACACGACCCUGUGCAGCUGCAGGCCCAGCAACGGCAGUAUCUGCAGCAACAGGAGCAGCAAGCCGCGGGAAUUCUGUCACCGGGCCCGCCAACGGCCUCUCCCGUGCAGCCGCAAUCAGAACAAAUGAUGCAGCAGUUGUCGCAGAAGCAGGUCUCGCAGCAGCAACAGCCACAGCCCGCGCCGCAGCCAACGCAAGUGCAGCAGUCGCAGCAGCAGCAAGCACAGGUCUAUCAACAGCAAUAUCACCAGCCGCCGCAGCAGCAGCAGGCCGCGGCGUACAAUCAGCAGCAGCAGCAGUCGCAGCAACAGCAGCCCUCUCCCGCGCCCGCUGCGCAGCAACAGCAGCAGUUCGCUUCCUCGCCGGCAGUCGUUCCAGUGCAGCAGCUGCAAGCGACGCACAGCUACCACAGUACCGAAACCAUGAGCCCCGCGCACGACCACAGCUUUUCGGAAGUUCUGCCUCAGCAGGGCAGCGUGGAUGUAGUGCAGCAGCAGCAGCAGCAGCAGGAGCAGCAACCAUUGAGUAGACAACAUGCGUCGUCCCAAAUGUCUGUUGGCAGCAACGCCCAGGAACAAGCUACCAGUAGAUUAACGCAGCAGUCGACAUCCGCUCCGCAGAUACAACAACAGCCGGGUACUGGGGGUCAUGCGGUAGUCGCGGACAGCACGUCUACUUCAACAUCUGCUGCUCCUGCGCCGGAGAUUCGUGUGUCGCCACCAAGUCCAACGACAGGCGCCGGGCCAAUCGGCGGGACGAGUGCACCUGGAGCUGCUGCUGCUGGUAUGAGUCAACAGGAGCAGCAGCAGCAGCAAAUACCAGGUCUGCCAGGUGGACCUCCUGUGCAACAAGCUACUGUUUCAACAUCGCAAAAUAUCAACCAGAACAAUCAGAAUCUGAACCAGGCGCCCCAAAAUCUCUCCGUUUCCCUAUCCAACACUUUUCUCGCUUCCACUUCCUCCCUGUCCUCGAUAGCCAGCGCAAAUUCACCGCAGAUCAUCCUGCAUGGUAGCAGUAGCAGUAUUUUGGGUGUGGGGGUGCAGCAGCAGCAGCAAGCGCAGCAGCAGCAAGUCGCUUCGCAGGACCACCAGCAACCUACAACGGGUCAAGCACACGGAUCUAUUGCUGGUAGCACCUCCUCCGGUGUGGGCGCGUUUGGUGCUGUUGUGUCAACCUCUGCCGUUUCGUCGGGAACCACUGCUCCCGGCGCACCCUCACCCCAACAAGAACAGCCGUUCCAUCAAGCAGCUUCUUAUCCACCCAAUCAGCAGCACCAAAAUCUGCAAAGUCAGAUCCAGCACCCUUCUCAACUUGACCCACAAACGGACAACUUUACGUAUCCCGCAGUCCAGCAAACACAGCAAGCACUACUACCCCAACAGCAGCAACCACAGCAGCCUUUACCCCCCCAACAAGCGACACCAGCGACGCAGCCAGCAGUAUCUUCACAACAAGAGCAACCUUUGCAGCAAACUGUGCAACAGGGCGGUGGUCAACAUCAGCAGCAGCAAUUUGUUGAAGACCAAACAGCUGCCCCGCAGCAGCCCCAGCCCCGGCGACCGCCGCCGGCCUUUGCGAACCGGCUAUCGGCCGUGCCGGAGGUGGAGACGCCGUGUGAGACACCGGUCCCCAGUUCGACGCUUUCGGGGAGGGAUUCGGCGUAUACGGAAUUAGCAGGAGUACCAAAUGGGCAACUACAACAACCGCAGGGAACCACAAUGAUGAACAGCACGACCUCCAGCAUGAUUCCGCAUUACGCACACGACCCCAGCCAGACGCUUGAUGCAAAUCUACCGAGCAUGACCGGUAGCCUGCAGUUCAGCAGUAGCACGAGUUCAAUAGCAGAACAGCAUCAGACUGUUGCUGUGCCUGCACCUGCUCAAGGUCAAGUGCAGCAGCAUUCCACGGCAGGCGUUGGUCACCAAUCAUCGGCGCCGCAGGAGGCUCCUUCCUUUGCCCAGCAGCAGAGUGGCGAUGCGUUUUCAUCUGGACUUAUUCCCGCAGGAGCUCCGCAGAGUGGCGGGGCGAGUUCGUCAGCAAGCGUUGUUCCUCAGCAACCGAACGCCUCGUCUUCUGGGUCGAUUUUGACGACGCCGCCCCUCUCUGGUACAACUACUAUUAGCUGCCAAGUAGGUGGCACAGCUUCGGUGCCGCAAUCACAGCAACAGCCGCAAUCCUCUAGUGUCCAGCUCUCUACUUCCAGCGCAGACGUACAAGCGUCGUCACAGCCCAUAUCGGCGACUGCAGGAAGAGCAGCUCAAGGGACGAUGUUGGGCCAGAAUGUGAAUAACAGCCAAGGGUCCUCGUUGGCAGUAGUACAGGUUCCACAGCCAACAUCUACCUUCGACCAAACGCCUCUUUCGACACCGCAGGUGCAGGCGAUUGAGGGAACGUCGAAUAGCAACACGCUGAACAACACAACGCCCUUGUCUGCGACGACGAUUUCUCCGAUGGUACCCGUGGACCGAACGUUGUCAGCGCAGUCCGGGUCGAGCUCGCGGCAGGGUGGAACUUUUACCGGAGUUGCGGGGGCGCAACCGCCGCAACAGCAGCAACUGCAGCAGCAGCCCGGUGGUCCGCAGCCGCCGCAGAACAUCAGCCCAGCUCCGAUGGUCACCAGUAGUACAACUAGGGCCACUCUUAAUACCGGAACCCCCGUUGGCCAGAGCCGCCCAGCUUUGGUCGGGAGUGUGGUGACGGGCAGCACUAUGGAAGUUGUAGAGCAAGAGACGACUGGAAGCACUCCUAGUUUGGUUCCGAUGGCGACGUAUCACCAGCAGCAGCAGCAACAAGGUACGCCACAGACGCCACCGGUCCAGCCGCAACAGCAGCAUCUGCAGCAAGGCGGUGCUAUGCAGCAACACCAGCAGCAUGAUCCUGCGCAGGUCAUGCAGCAUUCUCCAGUGUUGCAGCAGCAGUCUGUGCCUUUUGAUAGUGUUCCACCUCGUCCUCUCGUGGCGGAAGUGCAGCAACAAAUGGGUGUGGUCGCACCUCCACUGCAGAUGACGCAGACAGGAUCUACAGCGCAAUUUGUUCCAGGACCAUCGGAAGUGCAACAGCACCAGCAGCAAUCGCAGCGCCAGCACCUGCAACCGGCUGUUCCUAUAACAGCUCAGCAACAGCCGGGGGCGGGUUCUGUGCAUGCAGCUGAUGCGUCAGCAGGUCCGCCGCCGCCACAGUGGCAGCAGCAGACAGCAAACAGUGCGCCGCCGCAUAGCUUCAUAAAUAAUGUGGAUGCAGUCCCGCGGCAAACCUCUACUUCAACACCUCCAAAACCACCCGUGCCACCAAUAGUACAACAGAAGCCGAUGUCGAUCGGGGGACAUCAAAUGCAAACACAGGCCGGGCAACAAGGCACCCCAAAAUCUGCCACCGGCACACCGCCGCUCCCUGGACAAGAACCCGCACUGUCCCUGUUGCAGCGGCAAGCACAACUAGACCAGCAGCGGGGGCAACACACGGUAUUCCCUCACCCCUUUUCGACGCAGCCGAUCGUCUCUACGCCGCCGCCGCGGAUGGACAAAAUUUCCACUACCUCGCCACUGCCGGGACAACAACAACAGCAACAGGGUGGUUCUGGGGAUGCUGAUGCAGUGCCGCAACCUGGUGUUCUUGCACCUGGUCCGCAACUAUUGCCCACCGGGACCGACUCUGCAGAUCGAAAUCUAGCAAACCACGCAUUACGACACCAGUAUGCCAGUAUGUCCUCGGUGUCCAGUUCUUCCUCCAUCGUUGGAGGCGGAGCGGCCUCGAACCGGCCAAGUGGUGUGAUGGAUGGGAAUGUUGUUCCUGUGCCGGCACCAACAACUGGAGUAGACCACAGCAGUGCAAAUUUGGUCGCGGGGAGUACUACACACUUGAACACCGCUAAUACCAACCUCUACACCUUCCAGCCAUCCUUUGCGGACAGGAAUUUAGCGGAGCACCUGCUUACCGCCGGGGGAGGUGCAGCAGGCUCUGUUCCUCCAGACACGAUCAAUACAAUGCCCCUCCAGCGCGAAACGAGCAUGACCAACAGAAGCAAUAUCCCUUCCCAAUCCAACUCCGCUUCUGCGUCUGCCCAAGCGUCAGAGAAUGAGAAAAACAUAGAAAACCGCAUGUACUUGAAUAAAACUUCCUUGCAGCGGGAAAAAACUUCGGAGGAGAUUUCCGGCGAGAUGUUGAGCAACAUGUUCGAAUCCGCUUUACGACAGCACGCACAAAACGGGAAUUCGGUGUACAAAAAUGUCACGACCACACCGCCGCCGGCGCAAAGUAGUAGUUCAUCUUCGACGCAGGGAGUUCUUGCAGUGGCUUCGGGGGGUGGUGGUGCUACUUCUAGUAAUGGUGCUGGGAACAACUACAACAAUCUCCCGUCAUCUUCUGCGUCGGGACAAAAUCUGAAUCACCAAGCCGCUGCCGCACAAGGUGCAGCUACUACAACUCUUCAACCUGGGAUGUUGAACCAGCAACCCGGGGCGGGGCACCCGCAGGGGUCGCAGACGCAGAUGAGCGCCGCUAUAAGCAGCUCGGAUUUCAUUUUCCCCGACUCGCCAGAUUUCAAUACGAGCAGCAAUAACAACACCAUUACCGCAAAGGGGGCUGCAACAAUGCCGAAUUCCAACACAAGGAAAGAAUCUCUGGACGAUGUGUUUUUUAACAUACCGUCCGCCUUUUCAGCGCCGCAGCAGAUGGUAUAUAUAAUUGCGAAUUUUAUUGUUAUUCGCUCGGUUUUGCAUUUUGCUAUUGCUUGUAUGUUGUAGUUGAUCUUGAUUCGUCUUGAUGCACGACCAAGGAUGUUGACCAUUGUUUCCUGUAAGAACUACAGGUGGUCGAUUUUACUUUUAGCAUGACCACGACGAAAUCAAGAAGUGGACUUUCGUUGUUGUGUUGUUAUCCAGAAUUGAAUUCUGUUCUUUCGUAUGAUGAAAAACUGAAAAUUUUUUUUCUCAGGUCAACAAGCUUCAAGCCCCCGGACAACAACUGAAGCCGAGCUCUAGUUCGAGCGAUGUGGAGCAUUUGAACCUGCUGGAAUUUGACGACACGCCGCGAACUUCAGGCGUUAAUAACGUGACAGCAGUACCACCUGUACCUCCUCCUCCGCCCGCUACAGCAGCUGGAGGGGUGCAGCAACUACAGCAGCCACAGAUCAUUCCAAUGCCGCCAAGCACUGCCACAGCCACGACAAACAACAUCAAACUGCCAACGAUACCGAAUGCACAGACCUCCACGAAUUUUCUUCCAAUGCCAGCGGCUACUUCAUCACAAAGUACUACUGCUACCGCUGGGACCGCCCUUGUAACUUCUGCCCAGCAACAAGCGUUGCAAAUGCAAAUGCAACUACCUCCCCAAUCGCAAUCCAGCGAUCCGAAUGUGUGCAAGGUGAAAGAAAAACUGCAGUCGGAGAAAGAAGAAAGACGGAAGCACCAGGCGCAGGAAUCGCAGAGCAAUUUGGAUUUGCUGUUGAAAAACGCAGAUGCAGAUUUGUUCGGCGACUUGGAACCAAAAUAG